CUUUCGCGUCACGCACGACGGACUAAGCGAAGCGAAAGAGGGACUACUCGUAGUCUACUUUAAAAGUAUUUCAUGUACGAACCCCUGACAAAAAAUUGACAAAUUGGAAGAUGAAAGUAAUCUGUGCUGGAUUGAGCAAAACCGGUACUAAGUCCCUAGCAAGAGCCUUACGGAUACUUGGAUAUAAAAUCUACGAUUUUCCAGAACACAUGGACUUGCACCUUGACGAAUGGAUCGAUAUGUUCUGCGGCGAUGGAAGGUUGGCUGACUUCGCUUCCAUGUACGCAGAUGUGGAUGGCGUGACGGAUCUACCAGCAGCGUUUUGGUUCGAGGAAAUACUCGCUUGUUUUCCAGAAGCGAAGGUAAUCUUGAAUGUGCGGGACAAUGACGAUGUCUGGGUGCAAAGCUGGGCGAAGCAUCUCCAUAUGACGCGAGAUUUAGGACUCAUGUCGAAAAUAGCUUAUCUGUUUUGCCCAAAACCUCGCAAGCUGCUGGAUUGCUACAAUGCGGAAGAUACGGCCGUCUAUGGGAGUGUGAACCCCGAUUCACAGUUCUUGUUCAAGAAGAGGUAUAACGAACACAACGAGAGAGUGAAAGCGGUUGUACCAGCUUCAAAAUUACUCGUUUUCAACGUCAAACAAGGGUGGGGUCCCUUGUGUGACUUUCUUGGAGUCGAAGUUCCUCCGGUGGAGUUUCCUCGCGAAAACAUGGGUGGGUCGGGUGGAUUCGGAUCUAUUACCGUGUACGGUGAAGAACUGAAGCAUAAAGCCAAGUACUUUAUCCUUCCAUUGUUGCUGAUUUUGUUAAGCGUCGUUACCUAUUCAUUUUACGGACGCCUACGGUAACAGAGAGGGAGUACUCCUUCAUCGUGAGUCACAUAUGAUGCUACGGAAGUGCUGCGACCUUCACUAAAAUUAGGAAAAUCAUCGUGUUAGCAGUAAAAAAAAUAGAAUUAACAUCGCGUGCAUUAUGCAGUUCUAAAAUGAUAUCCAGGCCAACCUCAAGGAAGGUAAUUUGAGAUCCCGAGGGGGAGGGAGUGUCUUAAGUUUGUAAAUAUAAGAAUCAAGCAAAACUAGAGUUUCCAGAGGGGUGAGUAGGGAGGAAGGGGUAAAAUCGAGAAACCUUGCAUGGGAGAGGUAUGAAUAUUAUCUGAAGAAACCCAAUCAUAUAUCAAAAUCACAACUUAGGUUAGUUAUUGUCACAGUGGCUGCUGAUUUAAAAGUGGGAGGACUUCUGAAGGGGCGGGGGGGGGGGGAACUUGGUGCAUGUUUGGAUUUAGCAGUGCCACUGAGUGCUUGAAACACUGAUACUGUUAAGGACAAAAAUUCAUCCAUUAAAAUUUACUGGUGUUCCCCAGUUCACAGUGAAUCAAUAUUUUGAGAUGAGUGCAGACUAACAGCAUAAUUGG